AUGUUCGAUGGUUCACUUGACAUUGAAUUUAGCUUCGAUGAUUCACUUGACAUGGGAUUUAGUUUCGAUGGUUCACUUGACAUGGGUUUUAGCUUCGAUGGUUCACUUGACAUGGGAUUUAGUUUCGAUGCAACACUGCUCGCGGGCCAAGAACAAUUCCCACAGCCUUGGCCAACAACGAUUGUUGCUAUGCCAACAAUAACUGGUUUAUCCAACAAUUCAUGA